GCACAACAAUCCCCACCAACAGCAUCAUGGCUUCCGACCACAGCACGGCCAUUGUGCCCCCUAAGCGGGCUGUCACUGACUACCCACUGAUUGACUCCGACCCGCAUUUGCGCCGGGUUUUCGGAUAUGCCCGCUCCUCUGACUAUGCUGUUGCCGGGGCGGCUGCUUCUGUCUCCCCCAUUGCCUUCUGGGUUAUGGAGCGAGUGAGCCCGUCGCAUGUUGGCCGUGGUGGCUUUUCCCCGGUGAUGCGCCUGGCCACUGCUGUCGGUCUCCUUGGUGGUCUUCACGUCCUGUACCAGCGCUCUUGCCAGCGUUUCUACGGAUUCACCGAGAACACCAGGGAAGUCGAGAUGGAUAUGCGGGAGAUGGUUGACAAGGUGAAGAAGGGCGAGCCCCUGUACGGCAAAUCCCAGGUGUCUUCCUAUCUCCAGGGUGUGGCUGCUCGGAACUCGCGGUACUCUGAGCUGUUCAUCCACGUCCUGCCAUGGAUCAACGUCGUCAACCACGAUCAGCACGGCGUGGACACUGCCAAAUACUACCAGCAAGCAGAGCGUGAAUUGGAAGCAGAGCGUUUGAGCAAGGCCUGAUUGUUUUUUUUUUCGCCUACGAGAUCUCUACAGUACCACUCGUCAAGGUGGACUUGGAGUUGCACAAGUUUUGUACACAUAUCCUUUUGUGUUUUUUUUUUCAUUUCCCUUCCAGGCGCAAUUUCAAUUAAAACAAAUAUUUGUUCGUGUCCGACAUUCCUAGCGGUACGAAGUCUUGUAGGCCUGGGCCAUUUCCUAUUUCCUCACGAUGCGGACUCCAGAUUAUCGACAUCAAAGCACGCAUAAGCUUUCUAAGAGCUUUGCUCAAUAUUGCCCCCGUCACCCCCGAUCUCCGGCACUCUGUCGAAUGCAGUGUUGAGCUCGCGGUUCCUCUUGGGUCGGGGUUUCGGUGCUGGUGAGGGACGUUAGCACUGCAAAAGAUGUUGAGGCUCAGAGUCUGAGUGCAACUGACCUUUGUCAUUCUCUUGGAUGUAGAAGCGGCGCAGCAGCAUGAUGGCUUCCUUCUGGAACAGGCCUCCAUACACUGGAUAGGGCGGGUCGAUGGAGCGACUGUUGAAAUAAACACCACCAGUUCCUCCAAAGCGGUCAUUGGCACAGCCAAAGUACACACUGCGAAUCCCGUAC